CAAAAGUCAAACCCAGUGCUGAGGAAACCCGAAAGCAAGGAAGGUGGUGAAUACUUCGUCGCAACGUAAAGUCAGUUCGUCGUCGUCGUCGUGUGUGCUUUUGUAAUACCCUACAGAGAUCUUUUUCUUUUCGAAGUGAUAUCGAGUGUGAGAAGGCCUGCGGUUCUCGGUAGAUAGUGUUUCCGCUGUCGAGGGUUCCUGGGAAGUACCUCCGGCAUUGGGAGCGCUUCCGGUACGGCCGAAGGGAUCCGUUUCGUGGCACGGAAAUCGCGGCGAAUCCCGGGGAAAAUUGUGUGCUGAGUGCUGUCUAAAAUGGACGCAACGUCGUAGUUGGAGAGAGCAGUAUAGGAAGGCUUUUUAGUGGCUGUUCCUGUGGUGCUGCUGCUGCUGCAAAUGUGUGUGAAGUGCAAGUGCCAGAGUGAGAUAGGAAAACAGCAAAUAAAAAACUGACGACAAUCGUUCGCUGCAUUUUUUUAUGGUAGAACGCAAGAGUGCGAGUGAGAAAGUCUUGUGUGGCAGCAGCAGAAGUGUCAAACACGGAGCCGCAUCAUCCGUCAGUGUACGGCUAUUCUUGGUGUUGUUGUUGUUGUUGUUGGUGCCGUUCCUAUUGUUGUGUGUGAGUGUGGCUCAGCGCGCGUGUAGGGGAAAGAAGACAACGUCAGCGUGAAAACGUAGCCAACGGGUCCACACUGUGUCCGAACAACGCGUGGAUGAACGAAACGGCAACAGACACCCAUUCGUCGGCGACCGUGUAGUGGGUAAUAAUAGUAAUACCAAUAACAAGAGCGAAGCAGAAGGAAACCAAGACGGCGAAGAAACCCGGAACGAAGAAGAAGAUAAACGAGGUGAAGAAAGAUUGCAAAGUGACGAAAGAAGUUUAAAAUCAGUGCAGUGAAACAAGAAAAAGAAUAAAGGAAAAAGUGUACCAGAAACGGGAUGGGAAGAAGCAAAAGGUGGCAAUGGCUAUAAAUUCGAUAGAUAAGAAAUUUCUCUAUUUUUUGUGAUUUUCGAUCAACGAUUUAGUUUCUUCUGCGUUGUUGGUGCCUGGCCUAGUUUGGUCAUUUCGAAAGGAUAACGUUAGUUCGUGAAUACCCCAGCAGAAAUCAUAAGAAGAGAAGAUCGAAGGUGUUAAUUUUCUACGCAAAAUUGGAGGAAAUAGCCUCGACUAGCAGCCAAGGUGGUGAGCAGUAGGUAAAUCUGCCAGGAUUCAGCUCCAGAAAGUGAAAACGAGAUUAUUAUGGAAAAGGCGAAAGCCUACAUCAAGAACGAAUUACGUGGGGGCUCCUUGACAUCGCAUUCGGAGCCCCCGGCAACUAGUCAGCAACAGCAUCAUUCAGCACAAUCCCUGCACCAUCAACCGUCGCCAACGCAUCAACAGCAAGCUGCCAGUUACAAUGAAUCCUCCACGAUCUGCUACGUCUGUGGUGCCCGUGGUGCCCAGGAUCAGUUCUACCUCCGGGUGCGGCCGAACGCGGAGCGCCAAAAUGAGCCAUAUUUUCCCAUGCUCGAAUCGCACCCCCCUCCGGACGGUGUUCCCCAGUGGACGCCCGCACAGCUAGGGGUGCGGGCAUGCUAUCUUUGCUUUACAGGUAUGAUCAAACAAUGGGAAUACCACGAACGGGAAGGUAAACCCAUUGCACAGAGAUUGUAUUGGCUGAAACGAGUUGAUGCCAAAAGCUUCAUCGGUGCUGACAUGGCCACCCAGGGCGAAUAUGCCACUCAGGUGCUAGGACUGAACCCCGAACACGUGCCUACUAGUGGCCGGUCGCUUACGCCUCAGUCGCAACAAGUUAGUUCUUAUGGUAGAAUCGGAAGUCCGAAUAGUUUAGCGCGGCCGCGGUCACAGGACCAUCCCGGGACUGGUGGUCCCCUACCGCAACAUUACCAAGUAGCUAGGAACGAAAGUCCAAUCCGGUCCAGCUCGCGGAACGAAUCUCCGCAGGGCAAAGUCGAACCGUACCAUCCAACCAAGAGGUUCAUCGAAAAUCAUAUUAACAAUAGCGGGAGCUAUAGCCAACAGGGUUCGAGGCCUUCCAGUCGAAACGAAAAAAGUGUCACACCGAGGCCUAUGUCUAGGGAUAAUCCUUCGCCGGUGGCGGUCGUCCCCAGCACAACAUCCUCCAUCACGCAGCCAGCAACGGCUUCUCCCGUGCUGGCUGGACGAUUCGAUGGCAUGAAAAUGUCUUCAUUCGCCCAUCAUAAGCUGAAAAUCCUCAACUACACCAAUUCACUGGCAACAUCGGCUGUCACCUCACUUACCGCUGCACCAUCUACUAACGCAAACGACAACAAAUCAACCUCGUCUACGUCGUCUUCUACGCAUCGGUUAGAGGAGGAGGCUGCGUUAGAUUUGCGGAAUGCCGCCCUUGGACCGGUUCCUGGCGCGUCCGGAACCGAUAUACUGGACCUGUCGAUGCCGGACAAAAACUCAGUGACGGAAGUGUGCUACGUCUGUGGCGAUGAGCAGAGGCGGGGCAGUUUGGUGGAAAUUUCCACCGUCAAGCCAAAGGACGGCAAGGACCAGGAGAAACCGUACUUUCCCAUCUUCGACGAGACGCAUGCCAGGCCCGCCCGUUCGCGACCUAAGGAUCCAAAGGGAAUGGUACAAGCGUGUAAAACGUGUCAUAAUUAUUUGAUCAACCAGUGGCAUGAAUUUAAUAAACAGUGCGUACCGGAAGCCCAGCGGAAGUACCAGAUACGGAAACGGCAACCUACUCAGGAACGGGCGGCCACAUUCGUCUGCUACACAUGCGGUUCCGAUACGCUGUCCUCGCAGCUGCGGCUCGUCUACUGCUGCCCCAAUGCCGAACGGGAGCCCUACUUCCCGUUUAUCAAAACGAUGAAAGCACCGGCCAAUGCUAGUCCGAUAAGUCCCCAGGGUAUGGUGCAAAUAUGUUCAACGUGCAAUAAAAAGAACGAACAUCUGUCCGAAGGUGGUACCGUAAGCAAUGUCGAGGAAAGGUAUCCGUCUCCGUCAAAAAUGACGUCUAGUGUGAUAAACGAGGUUGUACGAUUUAAGCCUUAUGAAUCUCCAUCCGGUCUGCCUGGGCCGCUACGGGAUCAGAAAGACUACCGGAGGGAUUCAAGACCAAAUACGCCGCCUCACUCUCAAGGACCCGUUGAAAACGGUCAUGUUUUUUCGUGUUACAUUUGUAAGAAUAACUUUCCCCCGCUAUCGAUGGAGUGGCUGUCGACGAGUGCCGAACAUAUGAAUUCGCAUGCAAUGCAUUUUCCCUGCCUCAAAGGCAACAACGAUCAGGGUCCGGGCCGGGUGCUGGCGUGUAAAAACUGCGUACAAAACCUCACCAUGCAGUGGGAGACGAUGGAUGCCGAGCGGGUGCCGCUCGAACAUCGGAAGUACAUCAUUCCUUCGCCUACGCCAAACUCGAUCUCGCCCGGCGGCGGUAGCGUCGUCGUCGGGCAGCAUCGACCACCAAUAGCGCUGGCCACGCCGCCUACCACGCCGGCGGGCUCGAACGCUCCCAGUACUUCGGUGUACUGCUUCGUCUGUGGCCUACAUUCAGAGUUAAACUUUGCUAGGUUAAUAUAUGCCAAUAAAGAGGGUUCUAGACCUUAUUUUCCUUUUCUGUUAAAACACAAGUCACCUCCCAAUGCGGAACAGUUACGAAGUGACAGUUCGGCGUUGGUUUGUACAUUUUGUUAUCACUCGCUGUUGAAUCAAUGGCGGAAACACGAAGCUCAAAAUACGGUUCCUCCGGGAAGCCGGGAGUACAACUUCCACGACUACUGCUGCCACCUGUGCGGGAUCACAACCUAUCGGAAGCGAGUGCGUGCGUUGCCCAUCCGGGAGUACCCCUUCGUGGCGAAUCGAAAAAGCGACGGACUGCUGCUGGAGAAUGGCGACUUUGCAGUGGUCUGUCUCGAUUGCUACGAGGGGCUAAGGCAACAAUCGGCUGAGUACGAUCGGUGGGGAGUGGCGAUCGAGAAGCGGGAGUACAACUGGGUGGCCCAGCCACCACCACCGGAGGACAGUCCGGAUGUUGCAGUCGCCCGCCUACCGAGCGGGGAACGAACUGAUAAAGUCAAUAAAAAUUCUCAAAUACGUCCAAUACCAAAUAAGAAGAACUGUUCUCCAAAGCAAGUUAGUAACGAUAAGCAGCGGGAUGCAAUUCCAUCCAAGCUGGCACAAAAGCGUCCAGUCACCAGCCCAGCACCACCAGUUCCUUCGCCACAGCUACCGCAGCAUCAUCCGUCUUCCGUGUCACCGCACGCGAAUCACAUUGUCGGUUCGAAUCAUUUGCCACCGUCGGCCGGAGCGGGGCCACCCGGGGCGCACGGGACUCCCGUAGGCGUUGUCCAGCCGUCGCCGAAUUCGUCGAUUCAGAAUGCCUCCGGUGGCGGUGGGGCAAACAGCGGCAACAGUCGUGGUUCCUUCGCGGCAGCCCUGCGUAAUCUGGCCAAACAGGCCGACGUCAAGGAUGAUGAACCGGGCGGCGGUGGUGGUGGUGGCGGUGGAGGGCCAGGCGGCGGCGGAGGGGGCGGACCAGAUCGAAUAGCCGGUGACGGUCGAGGCAAUCCGGCGGCACAAAUGGAUGUACGCCGCCAGGUGGUGGACGGUCGGGAUCUGAACGAUUCGCGGGGUGGCUCUCUGCAGGAGAGCCGGGUGAGGAGCGCUGACGUUGCCCGGGGCAGCGAUCCAAAGAAGCGCUCCUCGCCACAGCCACCAGAAAAGAUCCAGCGCCUCAAUCCACCCAGCGCGAGUGCAAUGCAAACCGAACUACUAGCGCGCAGUGGAUUCCAACCAUACAGGCCAGACGAACGGUUGACUCACCCAGCCGGUUCCUUCCCCAUGGAUGCCUAUGCCGGUUUCGGCUCAAUUCCCGGCUUGCCACCAGGCAACAUGUUCAAUCCUGCAGCCCUGGCGUACCACGAUCCGUCCAUUUACAUGGAUCCCCGAUUUAUGCUGAGGGCCAAUCACCACUCGGCUGCAGCAGUAGCAGCGGCUGCGGUGGCACAUCCCCUGUACUCAUCUCUUCCAUACGGGCCAAAUCUGUACGCCGGAAUGAUCCCCGGUAUGGGCAUCGGUGCCCAGAGCAUCCACGAGCAAAUGAAGUUGGAUGAGGAACGACGUCGGAUGAGGGAAGAAGAAAGAGCCGCCAGGGAGGCACGAGAAGCCAUGGAGAGGGAAAAGGAACUGAGAGAACAAAGAGAACGCGAACAGAGGGAGAAGGAGCAACGAGAAAAAGAAGAGCGUGAAAGGCGCGAAAAGGAACAACGUGAGAAAGAGCAGCGAGAACGAGAAAUGAGAGAAAAGGAAGAAAGGGAAAGGAGAGAACGUGAGAGGGAACGUGAACGAGAACGAGAACGCAUGAUGGCAGCAUCCCAUCUGCAAAUGCAUCACCCAUCUUUGGCGAGGCCAUUCUACCCGAUGGGCCUGCCAGCAGGAUUAGGACUUUCAAUGAGGGCCCCAGGCCUUCCUUCGCAUCCUUUACAUCCUUCGUUGAGCCUAGGGAUGGGAUUAGGUCUACCACAAGUGCCACAACAACCGUCAGCAUCAUCGUUGAAUAUGUCGCAUACACCACCGACCAGUCUAGGUGGUCACCCAUCAAUUCCAACUAGUUUAGCGGCAUACAGUCAUAGCUUACCACCAUCGUCGAUGAGUUCCAACUACCACAGUCUAAAUCUUGGAGGUCUGCCGGGUGCUCAAAAUUUGAGCAUGGGCCAUUUUCCACCGCCGCCGGCUCAUGUAUCUCUUAAUUUAUCAGGAUCUCCAGGAUUAUCCUCCGGCUCCCCACAGCUGAAUUCAGCUCCGUUAUCCUUGUCAACAAAAUCUCAUCCUUCCAUUAUCAGCACAGCAGCCCUUCCCUCUCAUAUUUCACACUCCCAUCCCUACUACUCAACGAUAGGCAUCCCAAAUCAACAUCAUGCAAAACUUCUUGAUCUCUUGCCCACACCACCAAACAGUAAUUCUGCAUCAUCGGUCAGCAACGCAAAACCCGCAACAGCACCAACAGCGACAACAACAUCCAUCAAUAGCAGUUCCGUUCCUCCUUCAGCAGUUCCUUCCGUUGCCGUUGGUGGCCCACCGCUGUCAUCUGUAAAUAGUACAAACAUCGCUAGUAUUAACAACAAUCAUCAUCCCCAUCAUCACCGAAAACAGGAUUCGCCACGAUCCUCCCCGGCGCCACCUACGUCAUUGACCAAAGCCGGUAUCCCGGUGCCUGCAUCUCCUUCCCAGCUUCAACAACUAGAUAGUUCCAAUCUAAUCAAAAUCGCCGUACCACAAUCUGACCUGACAGGUCCUCCGACGGUGGCGCCAGUGGCAGCGGUAACGGAAGAACGAAGAUCACCAGCGGUGGCAGCAACAGGGAAACCCGAACAAGACAGCAAUGGACCUGCUGUAAUGCCUGCGUCAGAAGAACCUACUGCAGAUACAAUCAAAGAAGACAAACGAAGUGAAUCCACUCCCGUUGGAGGCCCUCCGGGACCCGAAGCGGAAGGAGCUGCAGAUAAGAAGUCCCCAUUGAACGGCGGAGGUACUGGCGGUAGUCCGGCUACUGCUCCAGCAGCUGCUGGAACGCCUCCAGCCGUAGCACCUUCCCAAGCUGCUUCAGGUAAUAAUAGUAGUACUAAUAACCAUAGUAGUAGUAGCAACAGUAGUAAUAAGAAUGAACAAAAGGAACGUGAUGAUAAGGGCGGCAUCGGUGGAGGGGAUCCACUGGGUCGCAAUGGUGCUAACAACAAUAAUGGUAGUAAUGGUCCAACUGUUGAUGGAACUAUUGAAUCGUUGGGUAAACAGAAACAACAGCAAAAUACGAACGGAAAUGGAACUUCUACUCCUGUGACGGCCACCACAACAGCUGGCAAGGAGAACCGAUAGUCGAAUCUAAAAUUUUAAUCAUUUCGACUGUGCGAGUUUAUCAAGCUGAUAAAUUCGCCACAACCGUUCUUGAAGCGGUUGCAAUAACACAGGAGAGUUGAGAUACAAAGCAAGAUUUAUUCCAGGGAUUUAACAUGCUGGUCAUUUAAACACAUAAAGGCAAGAAUAGUUUACACAAAACUGUGUUUGUUUCAUAAAACACAUCAUAGUCGUCACGUUUAGCGAUACUUCAAAUAUCAGAGAAACUAUCAAUGAAAAAGUCAAUGUGGGCUGCAUAUUCCUGUGAUUCCAAGUUUUCCGCAUAUGUCUUGAUUUAAACAAUCCUAAUUACCAACAGCUGUUCAAUUUUAAUUUCAAUCAAACACAUAUUUGUGUGGAUUAUUCUUGUGGUGUCCAUAUUAAAAGCUUCUAUUUCAAUAACAUCCAAACGUUUAUGUAGAAUGUGAUUAAUUUACAUAUAGAAAUUAAAAUGUUUGAUGUUUACAAUCAGUUAUUCGCUGAUUUACAGAUUCAAUAAAUAAAACCUGAGCACAAUAGCCUUUAGAAAAAGUUUUUGAUUACGAUAUGUAGUGGUUAACCCUCUCAUUUAAAUUUCAAGUUUUUCAAUUUUACUCUAUCGUUCGUUCUCACAAUGCCGAAACAACCAAAUCCCCGUCAUCGCCGUAGCUGCAAUAAACCAUCGUAAUUAGCUGUCUAAGUUUGUUGCGAAACCCCAUUAUGAUCGGAACCAAGGAUGGUGUACUUGGUUUCAUUUUAAUCAAACUACUUGUUAUUCAAAGCUGUAAAAGUGGGUUUAAGAGAUUUAGGAAGCACACAUUUAUUUGCCGUCAUAACGAUUACGUUUAUUAUUCUAUUAUCUAAAUAACUAUAUGUUUAUACCUAUUUUAUCUUCGAUUGUAUCCAUUAUUAGUUAGUGCUUAAUAGAGCGAGGCUACACCUCGAUUGAUGAUUCGAUGAAUGCUGCGAAUGAAUUUUUGUGACUACGUAGUUUAGAAAUAGGUACAGUUCUCUUAAGAUUAUGCACAUUUUUACGUGUGAGGAGGAAACAAUAAUUAGACAUAGAGGAGAUGCAUCGCUACCAAUAAUGCAUAUAUAAGUUGGAUCAAAAUAUAAAAAGAAGCUACGCUAAAGAUGAUACCCCAUGUAAGUAAUAGAACAUACAGAAAGUCAAACCACAUACUAAUUUAUUCGGAGAUUAGUUUGACAUCAAAUAAGUAGAUAUGUCAAAAUUUAUUAAGUACGGAGGAAUAUGAUUGCUUAAUAUUUUAAGUGAAAAUACAAAUUCAAAUGAAGCGCAUAGAAAACGACACACACUGGCACAUGUGACUCACGCAGAAAAUUAUUAAACGUUGUAAUGUUCCAACGAAAGCCUAAAUUCGCAAACAAUCGAUGACGUAAUAAACAAUACUUUGACAAAGUAGAAACGAACGCGUUGAAUGGAGAGUGAGAAGUCUUCUGAAUUGGGCUGCAUUCGUUGGGGGUAUGCUUGUAAUUCAAUUAGAAUGAGAAAAUAUGAUACACUAAGGAAACUAUUUGAUAGUUGGUAGUAUUAGCUUAGCAGUGAAAUAAGGCAAAAACAAAUAUUAUCACUAGUAAAUAUUGAGAGGAAACUGUAAAAACAACAAAACAAGUAAGAAGAAGCAAAUGCACGUUUAUAUAAAAUAUUA